AGUACCACAGCCACAGGACACGGCAAUCUCUCUUUGAAGGGCAGUCGUGAAAUCUCAACUUUCGAAAUGAUUGUGUCUACAAGAGCGAUUCAGGUUACCCGAAGCGUGCUCAAACGUAAUUAUGGCAUCUCGGCCGUAGUCUACGCGAAGGCUUCGGACCCCAUCCAGCAGUUGUUCGUGGACAAAGUUCGCGAAUACGCAUCGAAAUCGAAGGGAAAAGUAUUCCUCGAUCCGACACCCCAGCUCGAGAAACAAUACAAAGACGAGCUCGCGAAGGCCCGGCGUCAAUACGGUGCGGAAGGUGCGGACAUGUCUAAAUUCCCCGACUUCAAGUUCACCGAACCCCAGAUCGAGCUCGACAACCCUUCGAAGUAGACGUUGGACGGUGUUUCUUAGUUUAUGUAAAUGAGUCAAUAAAUCUACGCGGUUAUAUUCACCUCC